CAUGCCGUUGCUACGGUUACCCAUCGACACCGGAAAAGGAAGUGGGUUGUUUGUGGUCUUUAACGGGAUUUCGAAGCUGUUACCGGAGAGCGGAGCGCAGGAUCUGCCCAGAUGGCAUUGCCCACACUUCCAUCUCACUGGCAUAGUCGGAGUAGGGUUUUGGAGCAGCAGAUUGUACGACACAGGGAACAAGAGGCUCGCAUUCGCCAAGAGUGGGAUUUAACCAACAGAUACUUUAAACAGUCCGAUGUGUGUAGCAGUAAACAAGCACAAUGGAGCUCCAGACAGUCUUACCAGCAGAGUAUGAAUGCAUAUCACAGAGAAAAGCAGAAAGAAGAGAAGAAAAAAAGCUUGGAACGACGGAGAGAGCAACUGCGUAAACUUUUACAAGAGGAGCGAGAUUUGCUGGAGGAAGAGCUGCGGGAGCUUCAUCAAAAUAAAGAGCCUGCUCUUCGUGAAAUGAGAGAAAGGACAGAGGAGCUGAAAUCUGCUAGAGAAGAGAGGAGGAAAAAGGUGUCAGAAGAGUUGUUGUAUGAGCGGUGGAAGCAGAACAAUGUGAAGCUACGUGAGAUUGAGAGCAACUUGCAUAAAAAAUAUGUGGUUAAUGCUUGGGAAGACCAGCUUACUGAGAAAAAUCAGGAAAAAACUAAAGAGGAAGAAGAGAAGAUGAUGUUUGAAAAUCAAUUUGAGGUUGCUAGGCGAGAGGCUCUAGAAAGAAUGAAAAUUGAAGAAGAGAGACGCCGACAAACUGAGAGAGAACGUGUUGAAUUCCUGCGGCAACAAAUGGAGGAACUUCAGCUGCGCGACACAGAGGCAAAAAAGCUGAAGAAGGAGCAGGGAAUUUUGAUGAAACAGCAGUGGGAAGUAGAAGAUCUUCAGGAGGAGAGAAGAAAGAUGGAGGAGCAGAGGAAAAAAACAGAGCUCGGUCACUUUUUAAGCCGUCAGUAUAACGCCCAGAUGAAGAGACGAGCUCGGAUGGUGCAAGAAGAACUGGAGAUGGAUAUGAAGAUACUAUCUGCACUCAUAAGUAAAGAAGAUGAGGAGGAGCGCAUGCGCUCGGCUAGGCGGGAACAGGCUGCGGCAGAUGCCGCUUGGAUGAAACGCGUUAUUGAAGAGCAGCUACAUUUGGAAAGGCAGCGAGAAGCCGAGUUAGAUAUGCUUUUCAGGGAGGAAGCCAAGCAGGUAUGGACAAAGAGAGAAGCAGAGUGGGAAAGAGAGCGUAAUGCACGGAAUCGUUUGAUGAAGGAGGUGCUGAUGGGAAGGCAGUUGCAGAUUCAGGAGCGCAUAGAACAGAACAAACUUGCUCAGAUGGAAUCACUGAAAUCCCGUGAGCAGCUACUCAGAGAGCUCGAAGAUGUCAAGCAGCUGACAUCCAGGGAAAAGCGAGAAGAAGAGGCCCAGAAAACUGCACGUAAAUUAGAGCUGGAAUCACAGAUUUCUGAGCGGCACUUACAGGAGAAAGAAGUGAGGUUGCAACUGGAGGAGGAGGAAAAAGAGAAUAAAUUAGCAGAUGAUCUAGAGAAUGACUUACUGCACCAGGAAGCUGAGAUCAUGACACAGAGAGGGUAUCAUGAUAAGGUAUUUAGUCGUCCAAGAAAUGUUUGGAUGUGAUGUUGGCUUUCAUAAAGAAAAAGUCGCAUCUGGAAAAUAAACCUACUUCAAGGUGAACAACUUGUAGUUUUGAUGUAAAUAGUUUUUACUUGUGUGAUGUUCAAUUCAUUUAGCUGUAAUUAUACAGACAUCAGGCACAGUUUAAUGUCUGGUAUAUGCUGACAUCAUGGAUUUCAGCAUCCACUAUUCAGUAUUUAAUCAUUUCAACUGUAUAAACUAUUCUUUAAAUGGAAACUGUCACUUCCUGGGAUUUGUAUUAUGUUUAUCUCCUUUUUUUUUUUUUUUUUUUAAUUGUUUUUUAAAAUCUGACAUAUCGAAUUAAAUGUAAAAAUUGAUACGUCUCUGUGUGGAACGAAGUGCCUCAAUAUUGGGUCCAUGUCAUUAAUUUUUAUCAGUUCUGCCAUUUACUGUCUUUGAACAUAGUAUGUGGUAGUUGAGAAACAAUAGGGGAGAAUUAUCAAAUCAUCGCCAACACCUUUAAAUGUAAUUCUUGGCACAAUUUAAUCUGACAAUGUUUAUUCUGUUGCUUCUUAACCAUCAUUUCUUAUUUAUACUCCAUUUUUGUGGCAAAGUGGAUUAAUAUAAUUAUCUUCCCUCCUGUUCUGUUUCACUUCAACCUUUUUCCAAUAGUUAUCUGGUGAUCUUUUAAAAUGGAU